CACAGCAGUCGUGCGUUUGCCUUUGCCUUUGCCUUUGCCUCUCUUCCCGGGUAGUGAUGGUAGCAGGCAGUAGAGUGCUUCGUCUGGCAGCCGCUGCUGCAACGGCGGCUGUGGCAACAUGCUUCGCGUGCCCUGCAAGUACCAGCCACAGCGGUGCAGCUACUGCCCCGCACAGCUCAACCACUUCCGCUGAUAACAUGAUGGCAACUCCGCGACCCGUACCGCCAGCAGCAGCUUUAGCAACUAGAGGGUGGGGUGCUCCCGAUGUCGGCAACUGCAGGAGAUCGGCGAGUCGAUCGUUGAUGCUGGCGCGAGCGAUGGCAUCGACUCAGGAAGAGUCUGCGUUGCGCACGCGCGGCGGUGGGGGUGGUGAUCUGGGCGAUGCUGACACAGGCCUUUCCGAGACUGACCCGGAAGUUUGGGAGAUCAUCACCGCGGAGCGGAGGCGACAGGUGUGCAGCAUCGAGCUGAUCGCGAGCGAGAACUUCGCCUCCGUGGGGGUGCUGGAAGCUCUCGGUUCGAUCAUGACCAACAAGUAUAGCGAGGGCCUGCCGGGAAAGCGCUAUUACGGAGGGAAUGAGCAGGUGGACAGGAUGGAGACGCUUUGCCAGGAUAGGGCCAUUUCUCUCUUCGGCCUGGACCCGGCAGAAUGGGCGGUGAACGUCCAGCCGUACUCGGGGAGCCCCGCCAACUUUGCGGUGUAUACGGCCCUCCUCGAGCCGCAUGACCGCAUCAUGGGGCUGGACCUCCCCUCGGGGGGUCACCUCACGCACGGGUACUACAGCGACAGGAGGAAGGUCAGCGCUACGAGCAUAUAUUUCGAGAGCCUGCCCUACCAGGUGGAUCAAGAGACCGGUCUCAUCGACUACGACGGUUUGGAGCGCCAGGCGAGGCUUUUUCGCCCGAAGCUGAUCAUCGCGGGGGCUAGCGCGUACUCGAGAGAGUGGGAUUACGCGAGAAUGCGGAAGAUCGCUGACGAAGUCGGUGCCUACCUGAUGACGGACAUGGCACACAUAUCAGGACUAGUCGCCGCCGGGGAGGCGAACGACCCUUUCCCCCACAGCCACGUGGUCACUUCCACCACCCACAAGAGCCUCCGGGGGCCCAGAUCCGGCCUUAUAUUUUCGAGGCACGUGCGCAGCGAGGGCAUCAACGACCUCGUGGAUUUCGCGGUGUUCCCGGCGUUGCAGGGCGGUCCUCACAACCACCAGAUUGCUGCCCUCGCCGCAGCCCUCAAGGAAGCGGCCAGCCCGGAUUUCAAGAGUUACAUCAAGAAGGUGAAGACCAACGCGAAAGCUUUAGCAGCGGGACUACGAGCUAGGGGACACGAGGUCGCCACGGAUGGCACGGACAACCACCUGCUGCUGUGGGAUCUCCGCCCCAGGGGGUUGACCGGAUCGAAGAUGGAGAAGCUCCUCGAGGCCUGCAGUAUCUCGGCCAACAAGAACACGUUAUACGGGGACAAGAGCGCAGCCGCCCCGGGCGGGGUACGGCUAGGAACUCCCGCCAUGACCACCAGAGGCCUGGACGAAACUGACUUCGGAGAGACUGUAGCGGGGUUUCUGGACAGAGCGGCGUGUUUAGCUUGCGCCGCGCAGGAGAGAGCCGGGUCGAAGAAACUCGCGGCGUUUGUCACGGAGAUGGACGCCGACGAAGGGGUAAGGGAGUUGAAGGGAGAGGUGGAGGCUUUCGCCGAGAGGUUUUACUAUCCAGGAGGGGCCGAGGGGGCCCGUCGGUGACGAACGUCGUGCAUGGCGUCAUUGCUUCCUUUUUCAACCGUUGUGUGCAGAGAAUUCAGACGCCGGGCUGGUUAGCUUGUUGGGGCAGCUCUUCUGUGUCUGCCAUGCACGACAACAGCCGGGAAGCACGCAACACGUGGUCGAUCGAGCCAGUUGACAUUGGGCUGAGGGAUCGAGCAUGUAUGGGCGGGCAUGGCCGUGAAUUGAGUACCACGAGCGCCACGCUAGUAAAUCUUGUGUGCCAUGUUGGGGUGUUUUCCCGUCACUACCCACACAGUAAACGUGUUCUGUUCGCUUAUCCUUUCCUUCGGAAUUGAAAAUAGAAUCGCGGUCCACUACCCAUGCCUCUGUGGGAGGAAACGGGGAGCAAGUGACUCGUGCGGUGUUAUUAAGUUGGCCCGCUUUUUCUUCAAUUGUUGUGUCCUCAAGACCGUUAUGAGGACGAAUGCUGAUAGCUGCAGGGAAUAGGCAAUGGAGAAGGGAAAACAACUCCCAUGCUGCCAAAGCCGAGAUUUCAAACACAACGAUGCUUCGUGUUUACGAUACAUCCAGUUUUUUUGUACCAGUAUGUCCAACUAGGCGAUGGAAGGUGAGGUUGGGAGCUUUACGUC